AUGAUCAACAAUAAACCAAUACAACUGAGUCUUGUAGGUAUUUUAUUUUCCACAUUAGUGUUCGGCCCGGCCUGUGGCUUCAUCUUAGGUUCUGUCUGUACCAAAGUCUACGUCGAUGCUGUCUUCAUCGAUACCAGUAAACUGGAUAUCACCCCGGACGACCCUCGCUGGAUCGGGGCGUGGUGGGGCGGCUUCCUGCUCUGCAGUGCCUUACUCUUCCUGUCGGCCCUCUUCAUGUUUGGCUUCCCCCAGUCGCUGGGUGAGCCGGACAUGGACAGCGGGGGGGAGAGUGAGCAGGCCAUGCUGCCUCCCUCCCUCAGCGAGUACCAGGGCUCCAAACCCAACGGGGCUGUCCACGGCUUCGACAUUAACAGCGGCCUCACAGUGUGUGAGCAUCUGAGACUGAUCCCGCGGGUGACCCGGCACCUUCUGUCCAACCCGGUGUUCAGCUGCAUCACGCUGGCAGCCUGCAUGGAGAUCGCCGUGGUCGCUGGCUUUGCUGCGUUCCUGGGAAAAUACCUGGAGCAACAGUUCAACCUCACCACUUCCUCGGCCAAUCAGCUGCUAGGUAUGACAGCCAUCCCCUGUGCCUGUCUGGGGAUCUUCCUCGGGGGGCUGCUGGUUAAGAAGCUGAACCUGUCGGCCCUGGGCGCUGUCCGCAUGGCCAUGAUGGUCAACCUGGUGUCCACCGCCUGCUACGUUUCUUUCCUGUUCUUGGGCUGUGACACCGGACCUGUCGCUGGGGUUACUGUAGCCUACGGCAACGAGACGCUGCGGUCCUGGCAGCGACCUGAGUCAGCGUGCAUCAACAACUGUAACUGCUACACCGCGUCAGUGAGCCCCGUCUGUGGCUCCAACGGAGUCACCUACCUCUCCGCCUGCUUCGCCGGCUGCACCAAACCAAACCUGACCAGCUGCACGUGUAUAUCCAGCUCCAGUGAGGAGGCGGUGGCUCUGCCGGGGAAAUGUCCCAGUCCGGGCUGUCAGCAGGCCUUCCUCACCUUCCUGUGUGUGAUCUGUGUGUGCAGCAUGAUCGGAGCCAUGGCCCAGACCCCCUCUGUAAUCAUCCUCAUCAGGUGAGGAGACCGGUUGCUGUUCAUAGAGCCCCCACCAGAGGGAGCUGGU